CAACAGUAUAAGUUACACGUAACUGGUGCGGAUUCCCAACUACAUUCAGUAGAUAUGGGCGGGGUUUCUGUGGAUCUCUAUAUAUUGGACAUGGUCUGGACAGCUGCCUGUGCUGUCGCUAUACGCUGGGCAAGAGCUAUGAAUAUCUAUCACCACUGUAUAGUUACUGUUCUGUUCCUAGCUGUUGUCGGGGAUAUUGGAUCAGUGCUAAACACGCUAUGGAGUUCUGGGUUCGAACUAGCCUCGUCGUCAUCCGGAUUUCUUCUCCCAGUGGCUGAAUCUGUUCAAUCAGGUGUGUUGCAUAAAAUUCAGCAAAACAAAGGCAAAAAAAAUAACACUAUAUUGAAGCACAAACUCCAAGGAAAAAACGGCACAAAUAGAAUAAGAUGGGGGAAGAAGAACAAAGGAGACAAAAAACAUUGGACUGUCGAUGAUAAAAAGAAGGUUUUUAAACCUAAAUGGUGGAAAAAGGAACACAAAUGGUGGAAUAAGGAACAUGUUAAAGGACACGGCAAGGCAGGUGCGCGCGGGAACCGGAGGUUUGGUCAGAAGGGUGGAAACGGACGAUGGGGCGGUGGAAGCAGGAACAGGACCAACAGCACGUCGAGUAGGGGGCGGGGCUGGAGGCAGGGCUGGAGUAAACACUGGAAACUGGACGGCUAGAAGACGUUCGAUUGAAAAUGGUCAAUGACAUGGAUCAUAGUGUAUACCGAAAUUUUAAAAUCAAAUUUCUUGUUUGUGAUUUUUUUGCUUUGAACUUGAAACAUAUCCGUGGUCUGAUUUAGAAAAAAGAAAUUAAAACAUUAUAUUGAUA